AUGAGCACCUCUACUGCUGCCAUUCUAUAUUCCAUCACGGUGUCGGCGUCGCCGGUUUCUGCGGGUCCCGAAGACGCGAAGGAGAAGAGCCAUCAUGCUUCGAAUGGAUUCGUCAAUCCCUGGGACUCUUGGACGGGAGGACCAACUUUCCAGAAUAUUAUGAAAUUACUUGGUCGUCAAAUCACCGGAAAAGGCCAUCGACCAGACACGACGCCUCCCACGGUGCCCGUUCAAAAACCAGAGUUCUUGCCCUCGCGAGAAACCUCCGGCCUACGAGCAACCUGGCUAGGUCAUGCCUGCUACUACGUUGAAUUUCCCGGCGGGCUGCGGGUGCUGUUCGACCCUGUGUUUGAGGAUCGGUGUUCCCCUUUCUCGUGGCUAGGUCCGAAACGUUACACUGAAUUGCCCUGCGCGAUCCAGGAUUUACCGACCAUCGACGCGGUAGUGAUCUCGCAUAACCAUUACGACCAUCUGUCCUACCCGACCAUCAAGGAGAUCUCCAAGCGCCAUCCCAACUGCCACUUUUUCGCCCCCCUCGGCAACAAGCAAUGGUUUGCGGAAUCGGGCAUCCACAACGUCACGGAACUCGACUGGUGGGAGCAGCGCGAUAUCUCGCUCUCUCCACUAGAGACAUCCGCGAGCACUGGCUCAAGCCCAGCUGAUAUCCAGGCGCGCAUCAGCUGUUUGCCCUGCCAGCAUACCACCAACCGAGGACUGUUUGAUCGCUGUAAGACGUUGUGGGCUUCGUGGUCUGUCGAAUCUGGAGGCCGCAAGGUAUAUUUCGCUGGAGACACCGGGUAUCGCACUGUGCCGGAACUUCCUGAUCACGUUGAUGACCACUCUGCUGAAUAUACAUUCCCAUCAUGUCCUGCUUUCAAGGAAGUUGGCCAGCACCGAGGUCCCUUCGACCUAGGCUUGAUCCCAAUUGGCGCCUACAAACCUCGUUUCUUUAUGAGUCCCAUGCACGCGGACCCCCAUGACGCAGUCCAAAUCUUCCAGGAUACCAAGUGUCGCAGAGCCCUGGGCAUGCACUGGGGUACGUGGGUCCUGACCGAGGAAGAUAUUCUGGAGCCCCCAAGGCUGCUGAAAGAGGCUUUGAAGAAACAUGAGAUUCCGGAAGAGGGGGUGUUUGAUGUUUGCAAUAUUGGGGAGAGUCGGGAGUUCUAG